AUGGAUCCAGAAUUACUUCGACAAAAAGCGGAUUUUCAAAAGCAUGCGACUCGAACCGUUUCAGUUCAAAAACGACCCCAGCCAUCGUCUUCCGGUCCAUCUCACACUACUUAUAGUUCGGAAGUUGCAAAAGCAAAAAAGAAAAAAGCCGGAGGAUCAGCACAUCAAAAUUUAUCAAAAAUUCCCGAAUUCGACAAUUAUGCUGGAGCAUCAACAAUAUCAAAUGCAACCAAUUUCAGUACAAUGGCGAAGAUUGUUGAUUAUAUGAAAAAACGCCAUUUGAAUACUCAAAAUUGGCCAUUGACGCUGCAGGAAAUCCUUGACGAGCUGCAGCUCUAUGACCUACCAAAAAGAAGUGAAGCGUUCUUGAGAGAAGCACUUCCUAAAAAUCCUCGUCUAAUUUGCCACGAAGAUGGCAAAUUUGCGUUCCGCCCACCAUAUAAAAUUAAAGGAAAAAAUUCGCUGGUCGAAGUUGCCAAAAAGCAUCAUCAAGACGCGAAGGGUGGAAUCCUUGUUUCGGAUUUAGCGGAAUGUGUGGCAAACGGCGAUGCGCUUCUUCAAGCAGUCGCUGAUAAAAUCAUCGUCGUGACGACGCAAGUUAAUAAAAAGAAAGAUCGUGUAUUCUUUUACAAUGAUCCAAACAUGACAUUUGAGAUCGAAGAUGAUUUCAAAGCUUUAUGGAGGAAUGUGUCGGUAGAUCAUCUUGAUGAAAAGAAGAUUGAAGAGUAUCUGCACAAGAAGGGAUUGGAUGCAAUGAAGGAUUUGACGCCCAAAAUCCGUGGUCCAGUUCCAAUCAAACGGAAGCAGGCAAAACGACGCGGAAAUGUCAAAGUGCACAACGAACAUUUGGACGGUGUUCUCGAAGACUACGAGUAA